UGUCAUAAUGAGAAUGAGCGUCAGUAAAAGCAGCAGCUGCUUUGACAGCUUUUAAGAUUAAUCUCCCCAAAAAACAUCUUUGCUCCGGACCAUGCGCAGAGUAACCAAGCGCACCAUGAGGGUUCCUUCUGCUUUUUUUCUUUUUUGACAGUAAUGUGUCACAAUAACACUGCUUGUCAGAUGCGGGUCGAAUAAAUAAGGGUGGGCUGUGGUAAGAGGAACAGGAAGAAGAAGAAGAAGAAGAAAAAGAGUGAGUGAGAGAAGGUUGCAAAGCGCACAGAAAGGGCGAGAGCUUGUCACGUCGGCACGUGAAACUCGACUUUGCUGGGGGGUGUUUUUUCUUCUUCUUUUCCAUAAAGAUAUUGACAAAACAAGUGAGAAGCCAAAAUGCUGAUCUCCGUCUGCGGUGACUUUGAGGGAUGAUGUUUUGAAGAGACAAAGUUUGAGAAAUAAAGGGGUCGACAGUGAGCUUAACGGACUGCGCAGGGAUCAGAGUUGAAAUGGCUGAAGAGGGGCUGCUGGAGCGUCUCGUCAUCACCGAGGAGGGAGACGUGACUGAGGGUGUCACCGAACGGGGGUCAGAGAGCAGAUCACUUGUCCCCGCACUGAGCUUCAGCGGUGAGACGGCUCUGAAAAAGGAAGAGGAACAUACAGGAGAGGCCAAGAGCGGAGAAGAUAUGGCGAAGUGUUUAGAAGAGCAGGAAGGAGCAGAGAAACAACAAACCGAAGCUGAGGAUGACCAGACAAGGGGGGUUGUUGGGACUGGGGAGGACAAACCUGAGAAAUUUGAGAAUGAAGGACAAAACAGAGGUGAUAGUGAGAGUGAAGGGCAGACACAUGUGGUGAUGAGGAUUAAUGAAAAACCUGAGAAAGCCAGUGACACAGAGGAUGGAAAGGCUCCACAAAAAGACCCCCAAGUGGACAUUAAGAGUUUAAAUUCCUCCGAGCAACAACCUGAAGGGACAAGAAAUCAAGAAGAGGAUCCAAAAAAGGCUCACCGGUUAACUCCUGACUUCCCGGAUACCCUGUACGAGCUGCUCUGCACCCUUCAGGAGGGGAGACGGCUCAAUGACCAGCGCUGCUCCUUCAGGCUGGAGGGUGGGAUGAGGAGGAGGAGGUGCCACUCUGAGCCCAACACCUCCAAGCCAGCCAACAGAGUCAUAUUUUCCUCCAUGACUUCACUGCAGAAAGAGGAGUUUUUCGAGCUGGUGGCCACCGCUCAGGCUCGCCGUCUGGAUGACCAGAGGGCGCAGCUCGAAAAAGCUCAGCCACCGAAACCGAAAUCCAGAGGUUUCAGGGGCAGCAUAAAGCAACUCUCUUUUGUGAAAAGGCCUGCGCCCACGCCUCCACCAGCACCCGCCCCCGUGCCAAAAGAAGAUCUGUAUAAUAUGAUUCUCACCACACAAGCCCAGGGCAGACUGGAGGAUCAGCGCUGCAGGCCUCCCGGUCCCAUGGACGAUGAGGACUUCUUCUCCCUGCUCCUGAGGGUCCAGGGGGGACGCAUGGACGAGCAGAGGACUGAACUACCCUGCCUGCUGCAAACCUGAGAAAAAAAAAAAAAAAAAAAAAAAAAACAUGUGGGGCUACAGUGGGAGUCAUCCAGUAUUGUAGCUUUGUUUGUCUUUUUUUUCUGUUAAAACAUGUUUUUUUGUUGUUGACCUUCAUGAUGCUUUGUUUCGGGGGGUUGUUAUCCCUCUUGAUAGUGUUGGUCAGUGCAACAAAAAAAAAACCCGCAAUUGUUUGAGCAACAGAGCUUUUAAUGCAACUUGAGAGAUGUUCUUGAUGAGAUUGUUAAGUUUACUGCCAGUUAGUCUUUUUCUUUCCUAGUAAAUAGGAUCAGCAGAUAUGCUUUCUUAUCUUGCAAAACUUUGUAUUUUAUUGGGUGUAUGUGAUGAGUGCUUGAAUUAUUAGUGUGUGUAUGUGGAGCAGGAAGUCUGCUGAUCUCUGUUGUUUAUACUUGUUUGUACUGCAGACAUUGAACACACCGGAGAUGGUGUUAUGGAGAUAAUAGCUCCAAGGCCACACAGUGCUUGACUGUAUAUGGAUGAUUCUCCUCCAGAAAAUAAACACAAUGUUUAUCUGA